CAGCAGCAACAUCAAUCAAUGUCAUGGAGCAUGUCUCUGUUUGGACAAUAUGGGGCUGAUAAUGAACCAUCUUCUGCAAUCAAUAUUCCCGGUGCUGGCACUUCAAAGCUCUCAUUGCUUCAGGACAAUAGCAGCAACAACACUAAUAGUAAUAGUAAUAGUAAUAAUAUCAAUAUCAAUAAUAAUAAUAAUAAUAAUAAUAGUAGUAGUAGUAGUGGAAGUAGUCGUCCUAAACUGCAGGACAGGAUGCCAGAGUCAUCCUUUAUGCCCUUUUCUGGAGUGGAUGACGAUGUGCCUUUUUACAUGGAAGACACCGAGGCUCCUACACAACCACAAAAGCAACAGCAAAAUCAAGAUUUGGAUGAACCUCGUCUGAAUCCUUUUCCCUUUCCCUCUCUAGUCAGUAUCCCAAAAUAAUUCUGAACUGACCAUCCUUAUAUAUAUAUAUAUAUAUAUAUAUAUAUUUCAACCUUUCUCUAUAUUCCUCCUCCUCCUCUUCUUCUCUUACACUCACACACAAAAAUGAUCCAAAAAAAAAGUUAUUGUUUUCUUAUUAUUUUUCCCUAUUUUAUAUCUCUACCAUCCCCUUUAUUGGCCUUUUACAAAACAACCUCUCAACUUUUUUUUUUCUCACUCCUACAAAACUCACAAAAUUCCCUAAAAUGCACAAAAAUGCACAAAAAUGCACAGAAAUGCACAAAAUGCACAAAAUUC